GCAUUAAGUAUGUACUGAAUGCUGUGAAUUCACCUCCAGAGAUAAUCACAACUAUUGCAAGAUGUUGGAUAUUUGAUGUGGAAAACAUGUUCUUCUUUUUACUCAGCCUGGUCAUUUGGAAAGAACUGCCAGCAUGGAAGAUCGUGAGAUCAGUUUUAGUGAGGGAGAAGAGCAAAUGUCUCCUCUAGUGUUUCUAGACGAGGGAGAGGAAAGACAAGAAGAGGGAGAAGAAGAAAAAGAGGAACAAGAAGAAAGAGAAGAGGAGGAAGAAGAAAAAAGGGAAAAAGAAGAAGAAAGACAAGUAGAAGGAGAAGAAGAAGAAAGACAAGAAGAGCAAGAAGGAGAAGAAGAGGAGGAAAAAGAAAGAGAAGAAGAGGAAGAAGAACAAGAAGAGGAAGAAGAAAGAUACGAAGAGAAAGAAAAAGAGGAUGCAGCUGGUCAGCUCUCUGACAUAGAAGAACACUGGGAAGAAUAUGAGCUGGAAGAAGAUCUGGAUGGCAGUGGCAAGGUGGAAAACAAGGACACUUUUGAAGAUGCUGGAGACCAGUCUGAUGCUAGCACGCAAAGCUCAGAACACUCUUUGGGCAACAUUGAUAACAUUCAACCUCUGAAGUCUGCAGACAGAAUUCACAUAUUAAACUCACAGAGAAACCUCCAAUUGCUGGAUGACAUGGUCAGGGAAAAGGAACUGAUGGUCCAAAAAACCAGUGACACGCUGAGCGCCUGUCGGCUGCGGAGCAAGAUUCUGGCAAAGCAGCUGGAUCAUGUAGACAUGGAAAUAGAGAGAGAGGAGGAGGCUGGCAAUGUGGCAGCCGUGUCCCGCCUGCAGGCCGCGAGCAGCCGCUUGUGCACUGAGCUGGAGACAGAGAAGGAGCUGGAGCUGAGACUUGCUCUGACACUAAAACAAAACUUGGUUGAGCUGUGGCAGAUAGAAAGUGAACAGGGAAAAUGCGACAUCCUCCGUGAACAACUUCAAAAAGAUGAGGAGGAGCUACAGAUGCAAUACCAGGAGGAGAGAGAAGUGAGGAUUUGGAAGGAAAAAAUAACAGCCCUGGAAGCAGAAGGAACACGUCGGACUCGAGAGAAAAGAGAGGAGGAAGCCCGGAGAGAACGUGAAGAAAGAAAUAAAAAACUCCUCGAGGAUGCCAAAAGGAACCAUGAGAAAGCAGUCUGCUUCCUGAGGCAAAGCAUGGCAAGAAUUCAUGAAAAAAAUGCAAAGGAAGAAGCGAAAGCUCAGGAGCAUAUGGAGAGAAGGAUACAAGCUGUGCUUUCCCUGAAAACCAGCAUCACUUCCAACAGGGAAAGGCUCCAAACUCUCCAGAUUUUGAACAAAGCAAAGGCCUUGGAGGCAAAGAAGGAGGAGAUGAAAAUGAAGGAGGCCAUCCUAGCAGAAGGAGGCAAUGUUAUUAGGGAAAUUUUUCUCCAUAAACGACAGCAAGAACACGAAAAAAAGAAAGAAGCUUUUAGAGAACUGCAGAAGUCAAGAAAAAUGGAGAUUGUGUCUCGAAUUUUGCAAGAAAGAGAUGCUAUUCACAAGCAGAGAAAAAGUCAGUCCCCUACUAAGGCAAUUAAGGCUCGUGGUAAACUUGAGAGUCCUUUACUGCAGAGUGGGAAAGCCUGGCAAAGUGAGGAGAGCUGCAAACAUGCAGAUAGAGAAAUAUCACAGCCAUGGUGCUCUCUAUCAGUUUGUUCCGUGGCUGGGGAGAGAAGUGCUCCCCAAGGAGUGAGGUCUAAGAACAGAUCCCAGGAUGUGCUCUUGGAAAGUGCUGCUGAGGACACAGAGAGGGACAAGACUCUCCUGGUACCAGAGUUCCCAGGACUUUGGAGUCGGAAAUAUGACUUGUACAAGGUGCCCAAAGCAGGAGAUCCAGCACUGUUGGCUAUCAGGGCAAUGAGGAAACAAAUUGCUGAGAAAAAAAUGGAGAAACUCCAAACUAGAAUUCUUCACAAGCAAACUGUGGCUGCUCAGGAACAUAAGGGCUGUGCUUUCCAAAGCAAACCCAGCUGCAUUCAUUUCAAGGAUUUUGAUGUUGGUCAAAUCUACAAAAAGAAGAUUGUUUUGACAAAUGCAUCCUACAGUGUUAAUUACUGCAGGUUGGUGGGAAUCAGUGAAUGGCUCAAGGACUUCAUCAGUGUUCAUUUUGACCCACCUGGCAAAAUGUCUUCUGGGAUGUCCUGUGAAUUCCUGGUAACAUUUAAGCCAAUGAUAAAUAAAGGGCUAGAAGGAGAAGUCAUGUUUAUGGCCCAGACAGGCUCUUUUUCUGUUCCACUGAAAUGCACAGUCAAGACCUGCAUGCUGGCUCUGGAUAAGAAGCUCAUUGACUUUGGCAGCCUUGUGGUGGGAGAAACAAUUUCACAGACCAUCAGCCUGACAAACAGCGGGGCCCUGGGAGCCACAUUCAAAGUUCAGACGUCAGCAGGUGCCACCAGCACCCUCAGAGCAACAGUAAAAGCUGCUCCUGCACUAGUGAUCACUGAACACCCCAGGGCCUGUGACCCUGAAAAGGAAGGCAGAACAGCCUCUGUGGCAGCUGGGGACCCAAACAAGAGCUGUGCUGAGCCCAGGGGGGAGAUGACCCCCUGUGCAGCCCAGGAGCCCAAGGACAGCAGAGCCACAGAACAACUUGGUCAAGGAAAAUUAAAUACCAGAUCAGAUCUGGACAGAGACAAGAAAAAUAAUUUAGUGGGACUUUCUCCUGAAGAAAUGCCAAUUGAAAUUAUGCUUGGAAAGGUGACUGAGGGUGAGAUUGGACCCUUCAGCUCAGUGAAAAUCCCAGUCCUGUUUGUCCCAGCUGUCCCUGGGAACGUGAGGGCAGAGUUUGUGAUCGUGUUUGACAACCCAGACUGCAAACCACUGAGCUUCAGUGCCAUUGGAGUUUCUGAGGAUGUGCCCAUCUGGGUGCCCCAGCCCAGCGUGGACCUCAGGAUCUGCCUGUACGAGCGGCUGUACCAGGACAGCGUGGAGGUGCGCAGCAGAGCAACCACCACGCUGCGUUUGAAGUUUGAGGUGUGCAGAGAACUGAGCAAGCACAUGGAGCUGCUUCCAAAAACAGGCUACAUCCAGCCCCAGUCAUCCUUCAGUGCACAGCUCAAGUUCCUGCCCAGGCAGUCCCUUCCUGAAGAUGCAGGGAGCUAUUUCAAUGCAGAGACAGGAAUCCUGGAGGCCCCAGUGACAAUCCUGAUCGUGGACAAGGCUAAAAAAGUUAAUUUUACUGUCCAUGCCAUUGUUACCACUUCUGAUUUGGAAAUCAGCCCAGCCCAGAUCAGCUUUGGAUACUGCACGAUCUAUGAAGCUGUGCAGGCAAAUGUCACCCUAACAAACAAAUCCAUCUUGCCACAGGAGUUUGGAUUUGUGGGACUGCCAGAGUUUGUUGAAGUUCAGCCCAAUGAUGGAUUUGGAAUUAUUCUUCCCCUGGAAAGCCUGACACUGGAUAUAAUCUUCAAAGCCACCAAGGCAAAAGAAUACAGCUUUGAGCUCACCUGCAGGACAGAGAUCAACAGACAAUUCAAGCUGUCAUGCAAAGCAGUUGGAGUCCACCCACCUCUUGAAUUGUCUCAUUCCUUGGUUCAGUUUGCUGCUACAGCCCUGAACUCGGUGACUUCAGCCACUCUGGAAGUGCUCAAUUCCCACGUGGAUGGGAACCCCCUGACCCACCCUGUCCCACGGGCUGGCAGUGGGAGCCCUGUCCCAGUUGGCCCCACUUCCUUUGAAUUCCACGUGCCCCAGGACUGCCCUGUGACCAUUGCACCUUCUGUGGGAACUGUGCUGCCUGGGCAGAAAAGCUCCAUCCGAGUGUCCUUCAGCCCGGCGCUGUCGGAUCAGCAAAUCAGGGAGGAGGCAACGAGGAGGCUCAGCACAGCAGCUGUGCCAGAGGCAGGAGCACAAAUUUCCAGUGAUCCCCCUCAGUCUCCAACGGGCAAAAAGAAGAAAGAUUCAAAGAAAGAGCAAAGAAAAUUGAGCAUUUCCAUCUCCAGAGGAAAGACUGGAAGCAGGAAAAGCCUGGCUUCUGUACACAGCCUUAAAGAGCCAAAACCCGAAGAGUUAAAGCCUGAUUUUGAUGCUUAUAGGGCAGCCCAGGCUUUCCUGACAAGGAGUUUCAGAGGGAGUUUCAACAAAUUCAUCAUCCCAUGCUCUGUUGCAAGUGGCCAUGCCAGUGGAGAGGAGGGCUCUGGGAACUUAACCUGCAGCCCUCACAACACCUUGUACCUGGAGCUGCACUGCCCUGCUGUGCCCCCACCUGUUCUGAUCACCUCUGACUCCGGGAUCAACGUGGCUGAUUUUGGGGAUGUUGCUGUAGGCCACAGAAUGAUGAAGAGAAUUACAAUAGAAAACAUCUCCCCAGGGAAGCUGGAACUGGGGUUCUCAGUUCUGAAUCCCAAUGGCCCCUUCCUGUUGGUCAGAGCAGUUGGAACGCUUGAGCCAGGUGAAAAUAAACCCCUCAUCAUCUCUUUUUGUCCAAGUGAGGACAAAUGGUUCUUGGAAACUCUGGACAUCCAGGUGGCCAAGACCAACCUCAGCCUCCACCUCUCUGGGCACGGGGUGGUGCCAAGCACUGAGUGCUCCGUGGGAGAGGUGCUGGACAUGGGCUACGUCAUGGCCAGGGACACGGUGACUGCCACAGUCCAGAUAAAGAACACUUCCAGCCUGACCCUGCUGUUCUCUGUUCAACUGGAGUCGCUCUCACCAACACGGGACAGAGACCGGCAGAAAAUCCCCUCCUUUCUUACACCCUCUCUGCAGAGAACAGAGAUUGUUGGAACACAGAACUAUAAUGGCUUCAGUGUGUUCAGUGUCUCUCCAACAGAAGGAAAAAUUGAGGCUGGGAUGAGCCAGGAUUUCGUGGUUACUUUCAGUCCUGAUCAUGAAAGUCUCUACUACUCCGACCGUCUCAAGGUGCUGCUCUUUGGCAAGCACACAGCCCACGAGAUCCAGCUGAAGGGAGCAGCCCGGGACCACCCCAUGUUUGUGGAGGGGGGAGUGCCCCUGGACGUGCCCGUGGAGUCCUUGGCUGUGACCUCCCCUGUGGCACCACGGGAAGCGCUGGAAAGAGGGCCACAAGAAGCAGUGAGGUCCCUUCUCCUGCUCCUGGAGUUCGUGGAGGGCUCAGCAGAGCCAGCCCAGGCAGAGAUCACCGUGGGGGCCAUUCAGAGUCCUCAGCUGGCAGCCAAGAAGGCCCUGGAGUUCAGCCUGGAGGGCGGCGCGGAGCUGCAGCGGGCCGGCUUCGAGCUGCGCGGCCCGCGGGGAGCCCUGGAGCGCGGGCAGCGCCAGCGCAUCGGCGUCGCGUGGCUGCCACCUGCCGACCUGCAGACCAGUGACCCCCCCCUCGUGUCAGCCCUCCUGACUCUGAGAGGUGACAUCACAGAAUGCUACCAAGUCCUGCUCAUGGCAAGAGUUGUGUCUGCAGCUGCUCCCACUGCCUGAGGGAUCCAGCCAAAUGGAAAGAAGAUGGAAGUCCCAUUACUGGGAUUCCCUGUGUCUCUGCUGGAUCAUGGGAAGAUUUUGAGGCUGCUGCAAAUAAGUGAGGGUGGCAGGGAUGUGGGAAGGAAGGGCUGUGUGACAUUUCUGCUCUGUUUCACCCAAAGUUCUCUGUAAACUCUGGUGCCAGUGGCUUCACUUUCCAGCUGACUCUGACAAUAAUCUUGUGUUAGAAGAAGGAAUUACUGAGGGCCCCAAGCAGCUACAUCUGCUCUUAAUCCCAUGUCUCCCAAAGGUGGGCAUUCCAUCAGGAGGAGUGUCUGGUUUACACCCACACUGGUGAGUUUCUACCUUUAUCCAAUUUCAGAUGCUUUUUGGAGGAUUUGGAAAAGCCUUAACUUUUUCUAAGACCAGAAUAAAGUUUCUUAUUCAAGUCUCCUCCAAAUAAUUUGGGGAGUCACCUUUACAAUGUACAAUCAAAUCUGCCUGCUGACAUGUGCUCAAGGGGGAAUAUUCCUGUGCUGUUCCCUGGAUGAGGGCAGGCACUUGCCAGAGAUCCUGGCUGUCCAGGAACUUUGUAU